GUCAACAUUAUUCAUUUCCUGCGAUAUAAAUGUUACAUGGAUAUUACUUAGUCAGAAAAAUAUUUCCAUAUUCUUGAAAAAGGACAAGUGUCCGAAAAUUCGAAAUAAAGAAUUUCAAGUUGGGUGUUCACAACUGAUUCUCUGAAGUUGAUGCAUCUAAGUGAAGCAAUUUCUAUGGACCGUUUUGAACAGAAUGGUGAAUAUGACGUCAUACGGUCAUACACAGGAAUCAACGGUUAUCCUCUAUUUGAUUCUUCUGUUGAAAACCUAGUUUUCGGCAUAGAACUGAGACGGAAGUAUUCCUACUACUUGGUGAAUGUUGUGUUACCAGUAUUUUUCAUGCAACUACUUGGUUUAGUUGUAUUUUUGGUUCCAACGGAAUCUGGCGAAAAGCUAACGUUUGCUCUCACAUUAUUGCUCUCACUGACGGUGAUGAUGACGCUUGUGGCAGAGAAAAUACCGACGACGUCGUUGCAGAUACCUACACUGAGUAUCUAUAUGCUAGGCGGCACAGUUAUUAGCAGUCUAGAACUUAUAAUGACAGUGGUCAUUCUUCAAUUCAAACAUUAUGACAAGGAAGGAAAUCAUGUGACCAGGCGAAUGCAAUCUUUUGCAACCUUUCUAGCAUUGCUAACAUGUACGAAGCGGAACAAAAUCGAUAGCAAAUUGGAGACAUCUCCAAAGUCGGCAAACAAUUGUAGUUUAAAUAUAGUGGAAGAGAUAACAAAAGAAGAUACGUUUGAGAAAGAUGUGCUAGAAACAAAACACUCCAAUAAAAGUGAUCCAACAUUCCCAUACGCAUUCACGUACGAAGAAAUCGCAUUAAUGAUGGACAAAUGUUCACUAUUCUUAUUUACUAUUGUUACCUUACUGUUCACUUUGUCAAUGCUUGUUAUGAUUUCAUGAUUCUACUUACUCUAUUAUGAUAAUUGCUUACCAAAUCUUUGUCUGAAAUAAAAUAUAUAAUAAUAUCAUAACUGUUUAAAGAAAAUGCUGAUGUUCA